AUGGCAUCCACUCAAUACAUGGGUCAGAAAAACCCAGAAACUUAUCUCAGCAGUACCCCUGCAGACGUCCGAAAAUAUUUGACCGCUCUUCUCGUUCAGAACCACGGAAUAAGUAUUGAAGAAGCUAAGGAGGUCGCUGCUUGUUGGAUUUAUGGCCGGGGGUCAGAAUUUUAUCAGUAUGAUCUGGAAACAUUUAAAAAUUUGUUUGGAAAUGAAAUAGGAAUGCUGUUUUAUUUGUAUUCAAGGGGCAUUACACCAGGUGGAAAGUUGUAUGGUAUUUGGAGAUUUCUGGGAGCAUGCUGUGUUCAAUGA